ACCACCCGCAAAAUUAUAGGCCGCGUUAAGAAACAGAAUGGUAGAAUGGAUCCAGAUGAAUGCUUAGCUGGUGGAAUUAAUGUAGGCACUAUUAAAGGCAGAGAAGAAUUGCAGGUUCCUUGUUCUCAUCAUCAUUGGCCAUCAUAGAUCUGCUUCUUUUGGAGUCAAGCUAAAUGCGAUAUAGUGCUCCUGGCUAUAAUAGCAAAAGAAUUGGGGCCUAAGGCAACAACACCACCAUGGGCAGAGGUUGCAGAGCUGCAGUGUUCUGCAUUCUUGUGGUGUUGUUGAACCACUGCUGUGUAACAGAAAGCGACCCAGACCAAAACGACCAGGUUGGGUCAUGGGAAAUGCUGCUGAGCAAUUCGGGCGUCUCAGCAAUGCACAUGGCGCUCAUGAGGAACAACAAGGUGGUGAUUUUCGACCGCUCAGACUACGGCCCGUCCAACAUUUCUCUACCGGGUGGAAGAUGCAGGUUGGAUCCACACGACCAGGCUCUGAAAAACGACUGCUGGGCACAUUCCAUAGAAUACGACAUUGCCCUGAACAAAGUCCGGCCAUUGAUGAUCCUAACGGACACAUGGUGUUCCGCAGGAGGAAUGGACAGGGACGGGCGCCUGAUCCAGACCGGAGGCUACAAUGAUGGCGAACGGGUGGUUCGGGUCUUCGACACCUGCGAAGGGUGUGACUGGGAGGAAUUCUCCGGUGCACUGGCGGUUCGUCGAUGGUACAGCACGGAUGCCGUGUUACCUGACGGCCGGUUUAUAGUCAUUGGCGGAAGAAAGCAGUUCAAUUACGAAUUCGUCCCCAAAAACCCGGAUGACAAACCCAUCUCCUUCCCCUUCCUGGCAGAAACGACCGACCCGAGCGAGAACAAUCUGUACCCAUUUGUUAAUCUCCUCCCAGACGGAAAUCUCUUUGUAUUUGCCAACACCCGCUCCAUUCUGCUCAACUACAACAACAACACAGUUCUCCGCGAGUACCCUCCAAUGCCCGGGGGCGUUGCACGGAGCUACCCUGCCACAGGCUCCUCUGUUCUCCUCCCUCUCGACGGGAACCUCGGGUAUGCCGACGUUUCAGUCCUGAUCUGCGGUGGGGCAAAAGCCAAUGCCUUUGCCCUAGCCAAUAAAGGCACAUUUCUUCCCGCGGCCACUUCCUGUGGCCGCCUCCGGGUCUCCGACCCCGAUCCACAGUGGGAAAUGGAGGAAAUGCCUGCUCCCAGAGUCAUGGCCGACAUGCUGCUUCUCCCCACAGGUGAUGUUCUGCUAAUCAAUGGUGCCAAAAAUGGAACAGCUGGGUGGUUCCUGGGCCGCAACCCAGCAUUGCAUCCUCUCGUGUACAGACCCAAAUGGGCUCCGUCCCAACGAUUUCUGAGGCUCGCUAAGGCUCAUAUCCCUCGAAUGUAUCACUCCACCGCCCAUCUGCUCCCCGAUGGGCGAAUUCUGGUGGGAGGAAGCAAUCCCAAUGUUUUUUACAACUUCCAGGACGUUCUGUUCCCCACAGAACUGAGCCUCGAGGCCUUCUCUCCGCCAUACUUGGCCCCUCAAUUCGCCUCCCGCCGCCCCAAUAUUUCGUUCUAUGAGAACAACAUUAUGUCCUACGGGAGCAGCUUUCUUGUGGAGUUUUCUAUCCAGGAAUCCGACCCCAUUGUCGAGGAUCGCAUCUCUGUUUCCCUCAUUGCGCCGUCAUUCACCACCCACAGCUAUUCCAUGAACCAGAGGAUGCUCAAGCUUAGCAUUUCCCAAUUUGUGAUCUUUCCGUUUUCCUGUCAGGUCACUGUCGCUACUCCUCCCUCCAAGAAUUUGGCUCCUCCGGGCUAUUAUCUUUUGUUUGUGCUAUACAAGGGGAUUCCGAGCUCUGCCAUUUGGGUGCAGCUUGCACAAUAGUGAAGAGCGGAGCAGACAGAAAUGGGUAUUGUGAAAAACAUCUGGGAUCUUCUGGUACUUCAGGCAUUCGAAAAAACGAAAGAGCCUGGCAUUCGUUGAACAUCAUGAAAUGGAAUAAACUCGCGGGCACGGUUCAAAAUUUCAUGCCCUUUAAACUUCGCAGUUUUUUUCAAAUUUCUGGAAUCGAUAGUGUGCGAGGUUUUUUUAUCAA